AUGGCCACUGCCCAGCUCUCUCACUCCCUCACAGAACACAAGGCAUCUAAGGAAACACUUUUUCCAACUGAAAUCACUAAUGAGCAUGAGUCCAUGAUAAUGGUGAAGAAACUUUUUGCUACUUCUGUCUCCUGUGUAACAUAUCUAAGGGGCCUGUUUCCAGAGAGCUCUUAUGGAGAGCGCCAUUUGGAUGGCCUCCGCUUAAAAAUCCUCCGAGAAGACAAAAGAUGCCCUGGAUCAGUGCAUAUUGUCAAGUGGAUUCAAGGUUGUUUUGAUGCUUUGGAGAAGAGAUACCUACACAUGGCAAUACUUACACUCUACACAAAUCCCAAGGAACCUGAGAAAGUGACUGAAAUAUACCAGUUUAAAUUCAAAUACUCAAAAGAAGGAGCCACUAUGGAUUUUGACAGUAUGCUGUUUUUCUGUUAUAGGAACAGCGCAAACUUUGAAAAGGGAACAAAGAGUAAAGAUAUUAAGAAAGCCAGUAUUCUGAUGAUCCGUAGAUUGUAUAUGCUGAUGCAGAACCUUGGACCCCUUCCUAAUGAUGUUAUACUUACUAUGAAACUCCACUACUAUAACUCAGUGACUCCACGUGAUUACCACCCCGAUGGUUUUAAAGCAGGGUUGAAUUCACGCUUCCUGCUCUUUGAGGGGGAGCCUGUCAACCUGCAAAUGGGGUUGGUCUCCACUGGCUUUCAUAGCAUGAAACUAAAACUGACGACUGAGUCUGCCAGAGUGUCUGAUAGGGAGCGUAGACUCUUUCAGGAGAACAACACUACUGAGAUUGCCCAUCAGGGUCUAGACUGUGAUGAGGAAGAAGAGGAAUGCAACAAGCACAUUGAAAGACUGAAUUUUCUGUGCAAUCAGCAAAAUCCUGAGAGCUCCAGGAAGAAGAGGAAGGUCAGCGUACCAGUGAAAGUCUUCAUCCCUUACAGAAAAUGAAAGUUCAAUGCUUUUGCUACAUUUAUUUUAAAAUAAUUUUAUUUUGCAAAAACAUGCAUGAAAUGUCUUAAUAGACAUUAAGACAAGUCCCUAUUACCAAACUGUUUUCUAAAUUUACUGCUCAACUUUUUUAGUCAGUUUACUAAGUGCUGAAUUACUGAGUAGGACAUAGAUUCACUUUGCCACAAGAAAACAAGGUCACCAGGGCUGCCUUGGGAUAGCAUUACUUCAAAGCUGAGUUAGAGAUGAGACACCUUUUAUAUUAAUAUUUGUAAAAGA